AACUGUUCAGAGCACCAUUACCAUAGAAACCACCACAUAAACAACGCGUUAAUGUAAGCCUUGCUAUUCACAGUCGUGCUUGAAAUGGCUCGAUUUACAAAUUGUCGAUCUAAAGUGAAAACGGGAAAUUGGAGAGAGGACCAAUACUUAGAGGAGAUUAAAAUAAAAGAAUAUUUGGAAAAGAAGGAGAGAGGUGAACUUACUGCUCAGAAAGUAGACCUCCUCAAGCAGAACAUUUUAAAACCGGUGAACCUUUCAGUGACGAACGACGGAUAUCUGCACUUUGGAGAUGUUGUGAUGCUGGUGAACGUGGGUGGAGGAAACAGGGAGUCCAGCGUUGUCUGCGUCAACUCUGACAUCAACAGGUUGACAAACGUCCCAUCUCUGGGUAUUCAAGCUCCGUGUCCGGUCAGCGCAGGAAGAGGUGCUCAACCCUGCCCACGCAAUGCUUUCAUCAUCACCAGUGUUGACGGCAGUCCUGAAGGAGCGACUCUGCACUUUGAGCAAAGCUUUGCUCUGAAAACAACAAGCGGCUUUACCAGAGGACUUUACUUGACAAGUGAUCUGAAAAGUUUCCAAAAGUGUGCAAAGAUGUCUCGUCUCCAAGAAGUAUACCUGGAUGACAGCGAUUGCUUUCUGACGUGGUGGAAGGUGGUGCACUUUGACCCCCAGGAGAGACUUGAAUAUGAGGGUCUGCCAGUUACUGCUAAUAUGAAGGUCCUGAUCUUGCACUGCAAGACAAACCAAGCUCUCGCUGUUCUGGGAAAUCAUCUUCUUUGGACCAUGUAUGGCCAGGAGUACGAGGUGACGGCCCACACAUUCUUGGACUCCCACAAAGCUGAGCAGGACAACAACCACUGGGUCCUGUGCACCGCUGAUCCUGCAGGGGACGGACUCGCUCUUCUCAAGGUCCCACAGUAAACAGCCAACAACCAGGAGUUCACAAAUACAAACUAAGACAUUCAAAAUGCACAAGUUUGAAUAAUAAAGAUUGCCUUUUUUUUUUGGA